AACAGUAUGGCAGCGGCUCGUGUGUGGUGUUGUGGAUGACGUUUGUUGUCCAUCCGUUCAAUACUAUAUCCUUCGAUAAAAUUUAAAUGAAAUACAUGUAUAAUAAUUUUUUAAAAGUAAAUAUACAAAAUGUCCGCUAAGUGCUAACGUAUUCUGAGCCAAACAAAUGGCUUGGUAGGCCUACGUCUAAAUCUUUGAAGUGAAAAUUGAGGAAAAAUCACCAAGAACAUGGAAUCCAUAAGGAAAUGGUUGUAUAGGCCCAAGAAGGACGACAGCUCGCUGCUGGCGAGGUUCUUCUUCGCGGACGAGGCCUUGAACCUGGUGGCGGCGGAGCUGGACAGCUUCGACGGCCGCAAGGACCCUGAGCGCUGCACGUCCCUGGUGAACCGUCUGCGCCAGUGCCAGGACAAGGUGCUGAACAUCUGCAACCACAUCAUGGACGACGUGAUCCCCUGCGAGCGGGCCAACCGCGACUUCCGGGUCAAGUUCCCCGACGACGUGAUGCAGGAGAGCCUCGCGGGGCAGCUGUGGUUCGGGGCGGAGUGCCUGGCGGCGGGCUCCAGCAUCAUGAACCGCGAGGGGGAGAGCGCGGCCAUGCGGCCGCUGGCCAAGGCGCUCACCAAGGCGCUGGAGGGCGUGCGCAACAUGCUGCGCGAGCGGUGCCUGCGCGGCGCCGCCGGCACGGACGCCCAGGGCGGCGGCGGGGGGCGGCUGCGCGAGGCGCUCAGGGUCUUCGACCGGCUGUUCGCCGAGUUCGAGCUGUGCUACGUGAGCGCCAUGGUGCCGGUGAAGACGCCGCGCGAGCACGAGACACAGCAGCACGUCGCCGUGCUCUUCUCCGAGACGCUGCGCAGGGCGCUGGACAUGAAGCUGCUGCAGCAGGAGAUGGUGGACGACUGCGACCCCGCCCUCAUGUUCACCAUCCCCCGCCUCGCCAUCGUCACCGGCCUGCUGGUGUUCCCAGACGGGCCCCUGAGCCUCGACCAGCCGCCCUACGACAUGUCGGAGAUGUUCCGUCCCUUCCGGACGCUGCUCUUCAAGAUCAGGGAGCUGCUGUGGACGCUCAGCAAGAAGGAGCUGUACGCCCUCGAGAAGCUGCUCUGCUCGUCGGAGGAGCCCGGCGACUACCGCAGCCAGUGCCUCGGGAACGAAGAGGACAGGGACAGGAUCAACGAGGAGAGCUACCGCAGCGUGCCGGACCCGGACGACUUCGUGACGCGCUUCUACGUCGACUACCCCAGCUGCAAGCAGUUCGUGUCGGACUUCUACGCGCCCGGCGACGCGGGCGAGGCGGACGGCGAGGGGGAGGGGGAGAGCUGGGUGGGGGAGGUGUCGGAGUGCGAGACGGUGAUCAGCGGCGACGGCGGCAGCAUGACGAUCAUCGCCGUGCCCGCGGCGACGGCGGGGAUCCCCUCGGACACGCCCGCCGGCGUCCCGGGCGCGCCCGACGAGUUCCCGCAGCAGAGCGGCUUCCUGCUUGCCAACCAGGUGGGGCACGAGGCCAUGCAGGGGUCGCCCCCGGGCCCGGGCCCCCGCUGGGACCUGCCUGCCGUCCCCUGCAACUGCAGCCCUGCGGACGACGGCUGCGAGUGCGACGAGAGGGCCGCGGUCCCGCCGGCGCUGAAGCAGAGGUUGUGGGCUCACGGCGGCGUGCUGAUACGGACCGAGGGGGAGGAGUGGCUGGGGGUGACGGCGGGGGAAGGGACUCUGGCCGUGUGCGACGGGAACCUGGGCCCGCCCGCCUCGCUGAGCUACUCCGACAAUUGGGACAGCCUGGUGGGGGGCCGGCCGCGGGACUACGGGUGCUCCCGGUCCCCCAAGGGCGCCGUGUCGGGACUCGGCUCCCGGGGCCGGCAGGCGGCCAGGCUGGAAGAAACCUCGUCUGUGAUAAUCCCGAGGACGUUCGGCAGGGAGCAGCCACCAGCGGCCAGUAGCUGUUCCUCGACUUGUUCCAGUUGCCAGAGCUCGGUCAGCGCCAACUCCGACAGCUGCAGCUUCAGCAGCGACACGUCGUCCUUCAACUCGGACUGCCAGGACGACGAGGAGAUAGCCCUGGCCAUGCAGGCCGUGGAGAUAGCCAGUCGCAACGAGGCGCGCUCCAAGUUCAGGUCGAGCGAGGACCUGGUGCACCGGCUCUUCGUGUGCGUGGCGGGCGUGGCGGACCAGCUACAGACCAACUUCGCCGGGGACCUGCGCAGCAUCCUCAAGUGCGUGUUCCUCAUGAACGCCAGCGGCGCCGCCGGCACGCCCGACCCCGACGACGAAGAGGGCGGGCGGACGGUGGAGCGGGCGGAGGAAGCGCUCUCGGCCGGGGGCUGGGAGCCGAGCCCCGGGCAGCCGGAGCCGCCCCCUCCCUGGGUCCCGGACUUCAUGGCCCCCCGCUGCAUGUCCUGCGAGGCCGCCUUCACCGUCGUGCGGCGGCGCCACCACUGCCGCAACUGCGGCAAGGUGUUCUGCGCGCGCUGUAGCGCUAACUCCGUGCCGCUGCCGCGCUACGGCCAGGUGAAGCCGGUGCGGGUCUGCAACCGCUGCUUCCUGCACCAGGUGACGCCCUUUACCCUCGAGGAGGUGGCUGCGCGCUCGUGAGCCCACGAGCCCGGGCGUUGGCCCUGAACCACCUCGCUCCCUCUACUUGAAGCACAGUGGCUCGCGGCGCUGGCCCUGAACCGCCUCGCUCCCUCUACUUGAAGCAAAGUGGCCCGGGAACACCGCGCUCCCACUACUUGGUCCGAGACCGUCGCCUGCGCCUUUCUUAGGAGAACAAGGAUGUAUAUAUGUAUUUUUUGUUUUGUUUUUAAGUGAAUAACAAAUUCCGUUACGUGCUGCCCGCAUGGAAGUGCCUGAUCGGCUCUGAGAUAGCGCGGGAGCAUCGCGUAGUGGCUGCUACGUGGCGCCAAGAACAUCCGCGCGCGUGAAGUGCGCUUCUUCUUUUGUAAUUAUAUUUUGUACAGCUGCUAGGAAUGUCGUUUUUAGAGUACUGUGUGUUUAUACAUGAGUGCGUUCUUUAAAAAAGAAUUUAUUUUAUUUUUUGAUUCAUUAGAUUUCAUAGAAGAAUAUAGUAUUAGGUUAUUAUUGCAACUUUGGUUGUGUCGAGACUUUUUGAGUGAGAAAUUUUUAUUUACACUUGUAUGUUGAAAUAUGUGAGGGAUGGGUGAAGUACCAAAAAUUAUUUAGGGGUUAUUUGAAGGGUGUUUCUGUGGAGCAUUUUUUUUUUUUGUAAAUGUGUAAAUGUCAUGCUUUCAGCAGUGAAGUCUGGAUUAACAUUCAGAUUGGAUCAUUGUUGGUAUUUUUCUCUUUUUUUUUAUUUUGUGGAAGCCAAUUUUUUUAUGUGUAAUAUAUGUGGCUUGUUUGUAUGGAAAUGUUGCUGCUUAUGAAAGGUUCGCAGUAUUCAAGUUUAGGUGGCCAAAGCAACAGAGAACAUAUUUAUAUUUUUUUUGUCACUCUUUGGAAAGUAUCUGAUGGUUAAUGUAAGGUCUUUUGAGUGAUUACUUAGCAGGAUUGGAUUUUUCUGUAGAAGAUUCACAACCAAAGUUCUACAUCACUGUGGUCGUUUGAAGUGUUUGUCAUGCACACAGCUGAGAGUUCUGUAUUUACCAUGAUGGGUGCAGUUCUCUGCUUUUGGAAUAUUUAGGCUUGAACACGGGGAAAGAAACCAAAUUGAAUUAUGAAAUACUGUACACAUAGUUUAGCUUUUGAGAGAUGCAAUUUUUUUUUUCAUGCAAAUUGUUUUAAGUUUUACUCUAACUUGUAACAAGUAAUAUUGUUUUUAUGAUGUUACACAUUUGAUAGGGUUGAGUCUUUACCGAUCAACAUGUGUUAGUGUGAAUUCCGUGAUAAAAAUUAUAAAUCAAAAAAAUUGUUAAAAGAAGGUAACUUAAAUUAUUAGUUUUUAAUACAGAUAUAUGGACAAGAAAAUCUGUGUGACCCAAGAGCCUUUUCAAUUAACGGCCAUGUCCCUCCGAAGGUAGGGCUGCUGUUUCGCGUCACAUUCUCUCAUGCUCGGUGAGUGUCCAGCCAUAUUGCGCCGCUCCAAGUACGGCGAUGCAAAAAUUUAGAUGGUACUCGAGCAGUAAUAGACUUUUCAGCCGGUAACUCGCACAUGUUUGAAGUAAACGUGUUAAGAGUUGCAAAACUGUGCAGGUUUACCUAUAAGCGUGUUUGUAAACUACAAAGACGCUGCAUAAACGUAUUCACUGAUGAAAUUGAUCAAUAUUUUUUUCCCACAGAUAGUAAAGUUAUUGUUCCUCAGGGAUAGUUUACGAAGUAAAAAAAAAAAGUGGUACAGGCUGACGACUAGCAGUUGGUACUCCUGGCGUGUGGGAUAGUGCUCACUAGGGUAUUCGGCAGUCGGUGAUUGAAGUAGUAAUUGUUAGUUUUGAACGAUUAAACAGAUUUUAGUUGCCAAAAGUGAAAAAAAUAAACAUUUGUGUUCCAUUUUUUUUAUUCCAGAAAGUAUCUACUAACCUGAACUAAUCACUCUUAUUCGCAAUCUUUAACUUUGGAGAGGGAAAAAUGAAACAAACUAAACAUUUUAACGCAAGAAAAAUCACAGAAUUAUUAACUUAAAAAACAUAUUUUUUGUAACAAACUUGAAGGAAUAAUUAUCGUUACUUAGAGUAUUGUGCGACAACCACAGACACACACACAGUAGUCCAAACACCAAUCAGCGACUGAGGCGCGGCAGACUCACUCCCUUCACCCCGCCCGCUUCCAUCGCCUUGUCAGAGGAGAGUUGCGAGUGAGAGUAACCUUGGCACAGAAUAAAAACAAAAUUUUAUGCUGUCGAUGUCGAUUCCUCAAAGUACCAAAAGAAUCUGGAAUUGAUUUAAAAUUCCUUGUUCUUUUACUAUAGCAAAAGUACCCGUAAUUUCCGGGAUUUCCUGGUUCAGAACCCUAGUGCUCACGGGAGAAUCGCAAUGCAAGGUGCCCAAAUAAAUGCAGAAAUGUGGUUUUUCUGUUUGCUUUUCUCAAGGUUCCCCCAUAAAGGUUAUUGCUUGGAGAGGGUUGUUAUUCUCGGGAGAGUUGGAAGCUACCUGUAUUAACACUCCGGUUUUUCGCAUUCUUAACGGCAGUGAUUCUCGUCUAUUUACUUCGACUGUGAACAUCACUCUGACCCAAUACAUCACAUUAAACACAACUUACGUUAUGGCGUGUCAUUUGUAGGUUGAAAUUAAUUGUCUGGCAAUCCUGAGACGGUGUACACACGCACACUUUCGCAAGCUAGCUUCUCGAUAUAUGCCAGGGUGUCUUGUGGCCUGGAAAAACUAGUGAACCAGCCAGCAUUUAUAUAGAGAUUUUUCAGCCUAGGAAAAGUACGAAUUUGUACAUAAUUUUAUUUGAAUACCUGGAAUUUAUUUUUUAGGGGGGAAGGAAAUAUGAAAUUCAAGGAGCACAUUCAAUACGUCAAAACCAUAACAUAUAAUUAUGAUGAUAAAAAAAGUUUGGGGUCAUUUUACAGCCUCCAGAAGUCACCGCUAUUCCUAAUAAUACUUUUCGUCCUCCUGUUAUCACAACUGCAUCUAUUGUAUUUGUGUUUGUCUCAGUACAGAAAAUAAUCAGCUAGAUAGAGGCAUUAGGUGUAAAUGGGGCAUGAACGGAUAUUUUAUUUUUCCAGGUACAAUAAUUAUAAAACCAAACUUUGGCAUAGCUUAUGAGUGUUAUGACAGAUUAUACUUUACUGAAAUUUUUCACACUCUGCUGUAGGAAUGCAAAAAUACUAUAGGCAUCUAACUCAUGUUAAGUCAGGGAUUAUCCAAAUUUAAUCAGAUUACGAAGCCUAUGGUGUACCCAUCGCUUUAUAUUUAUUGUCAUUAAAAUACAGAAUUUUUGGCAGUUUUUUUUAUUCAUUUCACAUCACACAAAAAAAUUAUUUCGAUAUAUGGAUCAUUCAGAUAUAGUGCAGUGAAACUUUAUUAUAAAGUAUCUGACUAAAUGAUUUUCACUUUAAUGUUGGUAUCUAAUAUUAGAUCCCAAAGAGAGAAUUUUUUUUCCUGACCUGUUGUAAUCAUUUAACUCUUUUGUAAUUUACGUACGUACAGUUUAGAAAUAAUUGUUUUCACACAUUGCCUAAAGUGUUCAGAAUAGUUAGCAAAUAUUAAGCCAGGUAACGAAUCGCUUGUGAGCUGAAGGGAUGCAAGUGAAUAGUGGGAGAACGCUAAAAUGUCACACACCAUAUUGGUCUGCCAAUUACGUGCAGUGUGUUACUGCUGUAGAUACUGUGCUUUGUUUGAGUGUUCUUAUAAAUGUUGGUGAUGACUGAUUAAAUAUGCCACACAUCAAAUGUUUUUUUUUUUUACAAGAUGGCAACUUGUAAUAUGUUGUAAAGUCCACGAAAUACUGCGAGUCUUGAAGGGUGCUGAAUAUGCUAAACUGGAAAGUAUGAACAAAGAAGCCACUCAUCAUUCUUACUACAUGAUCUUAGAUUCGUUAGUUUUUAUAACUCCCGAGACAUAAGUUUGUUUUUACCUAAGUUGUGCAGUAUAAUUGUUUCUUCUAUAUUGAGCCAUUCAAAUUUUUCUAAACAGAGGUAAUAGAAUGUAUAAAUGGUUGUAUUAAUGUUAUUUAUAUCCUCUGAUAUGUUAAAUUUUUUUUUGUACCACUGCUGGUUCUUUGCCUUUGAUGUAGUGACAUUAGUGUUAGGAACAUUUGGGGGUUCGUGGCAGUGUGUAGCGUCGUUGAGUGACCUUCACCUUAGGCAAACAUUUCAAAUACCAAUUUUUUUAGUUAAUUUUCUUGUGUUGUUAUUUCAGUUAUAUUCUCAUGUUGGCUAUCUUGAUGCACUGUUUGAAGUAACAGUCUCAACAAAGUGUUGUUUUUUUAAAUAUAUAUUUUAGUUUUACAUGUAUUAUUUGAUAUUAAUGUUGUUAAAUAGAAUGAAAAUGAGGAAAUAACUUAAGGGAUUUUAUAGUUCACCCAGAAGUCAUGAAGUUAAAAGUUCAAGGUCAUUCGUUGGGACCCUACACACUUGUCCUGGUAGCCCUCGGAACAAUGCUGACAAUAUAUUUGCCUGGUAACAUCAUUGGCUUCUGCUUUUGUGAAACUGUGAUUGUAGUGAUUGAAGCAACAGCUACCAGUCUUCAUCUUGUUACCAACAAUAUCUGUGUGGUGCAUAAAAAGCAGGAAUUCUUUUUAUGUUACUGACCAUGUGAUCUGCGACUAUUGUAGCAUAUUGGUGGUGGUUUAAAAAAAGCCUAGAAAAUAAAAAAAAGUCACAUACUUAA